AAAGAACAGUAGAAGAAGAAACACGGAAGUGAACCAGUAAACAACAGGAUAUUCAGUGAUUGGCCCCUAAACACUAGUAGUAUAUUUAUGUAUAGAGAGAGAGAAUCUUACAUGGGUGUUCCUCUCUGUUAGUAAAACCUUUUCUUUGAAAGUCCCUCAUGGCGUGUGACCAAGAGCACAGUUCAUGCUGCACCCAUCCAUGUUCUGCACCGAGUGUUUGUCAAACCUUGGAUGAGAUGGACUUUGAAAGAGGUAUCUGGUGUGCUGCAAUGGACGGUGACAUGGACAGGGUGAAAUCCCUGAUAAAGACGGGUGUUGACCCCAACCUGAGGGACUCCUCCAGAUACACCGCUCUGCACUACGCCAGUCGCAGCGGGCGCCUUGAUGUGUGCGCCUUCCUCCUCCAAAGCGGCGCCUGCACGUCUCCCCAGACGCCAGGGGGCGCCACACCGCUCCACCGUGCAGCUUACUGCGGUCACCUGGACGUGGUGGGGCUCCUGCUCCGCCACGGGGCAGACCCGCGGCUCUGUGACGACGACGGAGCGUCCCCGCUACACAAGGCAGCCGAGCGCGGUCACACGGACGUGUGUGAGCUGCUCCUCCAGCACUUCCCCGCACUCCGUAGCCUUGCCAACAAGAAGUUCCAGCUACCUCACCAGGUGGCCCUCGACGGCCCCCUGCAGGGGCUCCUGAGACCCCCGUCAUGACCCCCUCUGCGCUGACCACUGGCCCCAGGGGGUCAGGCGUUGAACUAGAACCGAGCACAGAAGGGAUGACCGGUGAAGAAGACAGAAGCAGGCGUCCGCGGCCCUGGAGGUGCUGGACUGUGAUGGUGGUCCUGGAGCGAAACAGGAUGACUGACAAACUGCUGCUAUAAGACCCCUUAAACAAUUGUAUUUAUUGAAAGUUGUUUCCAUUGUGUUAUCCUUUAAUUCUACCCAGGAAUUUAGUGGUUAUUUUAAUUAAAUGACAUACCUAUAAAGUGUGAAAAUAAAACCAAUGUAGAGCAGUGCAUGAUUGAGGCCUAGUUUAAUUUUGUAUAAAUUAUAGGCUAUUUUCAAUAAGGCGAGUUGAAGGAAGGACAGCUCAACCCUUCCUGUUCAUCCUCAGUUCUGCAGAAAAAUACAAGUUUUCAGCUUCUUUGCAAAGUAGACGCUUUUUACGAAAUUGCAGAACCAUUAGUCAGCGAUUAGUAAGUGAAAUGUGCUCUGAUAAUAAGUUUUCAAGCAGUGUGUGCAGACAGUGCCGAUGUUCUGCCAAUUGUUUUUGGUAGCAUAUUUGAUCGGUAGACCAAUUGCAUCUAUCAAACGAUGCUCCCACUACAGUAUCACGUUAUUUACACCAUUACUAACUCCGUGUGUAAGAACAGGCCCGGAGUGGCUAAUCGGGAGGACUGGGACAAUUACAGGGCCCGGUGUUCAAUUAUUCUUAUUAUUAUUUAUUUAUUUACCUCCUUUGAGAAGCGGUGUGAGUCUUACAUGGGUGUUCCUCUCUGUUAGUAAAACCUUUUCUUUGAAAGUCCCUCAUGGCCAUGAGACAUCAUUGUGGACUGGUAUGCAAUAGGAAAAUUUCCUUUGUUCCAAAUUGCUUGAUAUUGAACAUCACGUCUAAAAUACCAAGGAUAGCUCUACACAGUACAUGAUCAGAGUAAUGCAUCAUUAAUUCUUGACUCCGAGCAGCCCUUUCACUCAUCAGAAGGGGGAGCUAUCGUUCCAACCUUGGCUCUGGUUCCAAGUGGCUGGCCCGCUGUAAUUGGAACUAGGUGUUUUACCAAUUGACGAUGUGCACGAAGCUGGCGGCUCUCCGGUUGACCUCGUGCCGCUUUUCUGUUGAAUAUAACUUGUUAGAAAUGAGCAAGGUAAAAAUAAUUCUGCCACUACAUUGAGGCUAAGAAAAUGGCAGCUUGUUCCUCAAAAUAGGCUACACUUUAAUGUCGAUGUCCGACUUAAUACUAGCCUAUCUCAAUCACCAACUCUAAGAACAAUAUUUGUCUUUCUAAUGUUGAUGUUGAAGUCCUGAAGGAUCGGACAUUGGGGAGAUUAAGUGGUCACAUUGGCUUUGUUUCACAUUUUCUGCGAAGGCCUCGGCUAAAUAAGGGAAACAAUGUAUUCUACCAUCUGGGUUUGUGGAGGAUCAUAACCGCCUAUCAGGUCGCCCGCACAAUUAACAAAGUUGUCUGGACACAGUCUAUUGAUUUGUUUUUUAUUUGGUUCUGGUCUUUUUUAAUCAUUGUUUAAGCCUCAGCCCGUUUUGUAAGUGUACACUGACAACGGGAUUGAUCUCAAAGCGUUCCGUUGCAGCAGGCAUCCAAACUCAUAGGUUCAGCGCUUUUUCUUUAAUAAACGUGAUCAGGAUUGUGCGUCUUGGCUGAUUCACAACAGAUGCGUCAUUUGU